UCUAGCGGUCUCGACAGAAAAGGUAAAAACCGUGUUUGGCAGGAAUUUUCAAAAGCCGCGUGCUGUGGAGGUAAAAAUAAAUGGAAAUGAUGUUGAUGUCAUCUGCAGCAACGUGCCGACCAGAAAUGAAAAGAUCAAGCAGGAUGUCUUGUUUUCCACGAUAAAUUUUUGGUGUCGUCGUGUAUUGAGUGAAACAGCGUGAUUGUGAUUUUGACACUACUUGUUCUACUCCUCUCUAGCAGCUACGAGUACGACGGCAUACAAUUAUUUUGAAUCAUGUCUAACGACGAUAGUGCUUGUGACCAAAGCGAGUCCGCAGUCGCUAUUGCCACUCCCAUCACGACCACAACGACCACAACCCCUCUCGUUCCACAGCAGCUUCAUCUACUGAUCGAAGGCCAGCACACGCUCGCCCCGAGCUUCGCUGCAGAUGCAGGUCGGUCUUGUGUAGUGGGCGAACAAGAAGGACAAACAUGUGCACGCGAAGAACAAGAGGGGCACCAGCUCCAGAGUAGAGGAGCUGAUUUUAGUAGCGUCGAGUAUGAUAAGAAUGAUCCGAAACAAGAUAUAAGGUCACGACUCCACGGCGGCCUGGAGGAAGUAGAUGCUGCAACAACCCAAGCUGCACACGACUGUGCCACGGGCCGCGAGGGGGGUACAAGAUGUAUAACCACUGCUCCCGCGGAAAGAACAGCAGAAAGCUACGACUCUCUCAAGCAGCGUCUGGCGCAGGCGGAGAAGCAGUUGCAGUUCCUGCGGAAAGAGAAGGAGCGGAUGGGAAAAAAUGCGCUCAUCGAAGCAAAGGAGGUUGCCACGCCUCUGGAAGACGACACCUUCUUCCAGGGAUACGGCCCUCAGAGGUCGUGCCUACUUCAUGAUGUUGUUCCGUCGCCGUCCUCAGCACCGCUAUUCAGAGCAGGCCGAGGAAACGACGACGGCUGUGGGCUUGUGGAAAGGAAAUCGAGGAUUGGGAAGAAAUUGUUCCAAGGAGGACCACCACGACUACAAUCUUCAUCGGGCGGAUCAUCCGCGUCAAGUAGCUAUAGCCGCCCGCCCCCACUGUUCCGCCAAUCUGACUACCUGCAAGCGACGAAGGUCGACGUGCAGCGAAGAGUGAAAGCAGAAGUCAACCAAUUCAUGGUCGACGCGCUCUUCGACUUGUACGAAAAUUUUUACGGAGGUUCUCCUAGUGAUAAAAAGCAGGAGAUGAAACAAGAACACGGCAGCAGCGCGGGCAGCACGCUGAGUACUUGUAGAUCCCGCAGCUCCACCGCAUCUUCACGAGUUGUUGUAGCUCAAGAAGAAAAAUCGCUUCUGGUCCCAGCACGGGCGGGUCGAAGAAGUUUCGAUGACGCAACUGAACCUCUGAAGACUUGUAGUUCAUCUGACGCAGCUGAGCCUGAUGUUGACCAAGCUUUUUUACAUCAGAGUACUAUCCAGGAGGAGAAUUACUAUCCUUGCGGCCGUUCUCAACAAGAAGACCACCACAAGCGAAACAAGAAGAGCAUUGUCCUAUUAAUUGACAGUCCUCAGUUUCUUUCGGCGCAAGCUGUGCUGAAAAAGUUCAACUGUGGUGGGAGAAGGAACACAAACUCAAACUCCUAUAAUGGUUCCAGCGACACCAGCUGCGAAAGUACAGCUGCACAAUGCGACAACGAUACUACCGGUACAAGAACCUCAUCUUCACGCAACAGCAUGCUACAUCACCUCCUUCCCCCACUCCAUCCCGGGCAGAUCCACAUUCCCCAGUACGACCAGCGCGACUACUUGAAGAUGAUCCACAAUGCCGAAACCAUCGCCGUCUCCGCCAUGUGCAACGUCCGGUGCCAACGCAUGGACCACUGGCUGAUUGCGAACCGCACUGUCGGGUACGACUGCGUGUUGUUCUUCGCGGACAUGGAGAGCUCUCUCCUUGGGCACAAGGAGAAACGGCUGUGUCCCGGCAAGGACAUUUCCCGCUACUUCCGGUACGGCUACCCGGCGAGGCUCAGCAUCCUGGCCGUGACCUUCGACCCCCGGGACGGCACGAAAAGCGGGGAGGUCGCGGAGUUUGUGGCGGAAGAGGGAUGGUUGUGCGACUACGAGGUGGAAACGCUCAAGGAAUUCAACUACGGCAUGGGGUGCGUGGUAUUCCGAGUGAUGAAGAAGAUGAAAGGUGGAGAACAAAGAUAAUCGGACGGGUGGAGGAUGGAAGCAGGGCGAGGACCGGAGCUUGCAAAUAAAGACUAAGAUCAAUCUUGGAGAAGGAGAAGUAUCUCGGAAGUUCAAGUUUAAAAAAUUAGUACCGGGUGGUGUGGUCACUCUCAAACACCUUUCUUCAACGAGUUGUAGUGACCACAAGACCUAGUAUCAUUCUCGAAAUGUUUCAUGAGUACAGCGACCACGACAAUUCUCUCUCGCAGUUGAGGCAACUGGUGAGUUGUUGCUUUUCCUACAAAACUGCUUCAUCUCUACAAAUGAAUCCGAAAGGAAGAAGUUUGAAUCCAUGCAAGGAUCGACGUUAAAGCGUCACAUUGAGACCUAAU